AUGUCCCCAUUCCUCCUGUGCCGCCGGCACGCCUUUCUGCGCCUUCCCCGACAGAGCCAUGCACUCUCGACUUUGAGCUUGACGGCGAGGGUUGACGUGCCGACCCUCGGCGAGAUUGACAUCCCAACGGGCCUCCACAUCAAUGGACAGUGGAUUGCAGGGCGUGGAGAGGCAUUCUCCACCGUCAACCCCGCGACUGGGGACAAGCUCGUCGAUGUUGCCCAUGCCUCCGCUGAAGAUGUCGAUGACGCUGUCAAGGCCGCUAGGCAUGCGUUCAAGACGACGUGGGGCAUGAACGUUGCUGCGACGGAGCGCGCGAGGUUGAUCAAUCGCCUCGCGGACCUGCUUGAGCGUGACGCCCACCGCAUCGCAGCUGUCGAAAGUCUCAAUGGUGGCAAGGGCAUUCGCAUCGCUCGUGAAGCCGACGUCGCCGACUCGGUUGCCUGCCUGCGCUACUACGCCGGCAUGGCGGACAAGAUCCACGGCCAGACAACCGACGCCUUUGGUGGUGACAAGCUCGCUCUGACGCUGCACCAGCCCAUUGGCGUCUGCGGACAGAUCAUCCCCUGGAACUACCCUCUUCAGAUGUGGGCGUGGAAGGUCGCCCCGGCCCUCGCGGCCGGCUGCACGGUUGUGAUGAAGCCGUCUGAGCUGACCCCACUCACGGCGCUCAUGAUGAACGCGCUUGCUUCCGAGGCCGAGCUGCCGGCGGGCGUGCUCAACACCGUUCCUGGGUUGGGUAAGAGUACCGGCGAUGCGAUCGCGCGCCACAUGGACAUUGACAAGGUCGCGUUCACGGGCUCGGUGCCUACCGGAAAGCGGAUCAGCAUCGCAGCCGCUGAGAGUAACCUCAAGAAGGUCACGCUUGAGCUUGGCGGCAAGAGCCCCAUGCUGGUGUUUGCGAGUGCCGACACAGACGAAGCGGCACAGUGGACCGCCAACGGCAUUUGGUACAACUCGGGACAGGACUGCUGCGCGUCCUCGCGCAUCUACGUGCAGGCGAACGUGUUCGACCGCUACGUUAACCAGCUGCGCAAGCGUGCGCUGACUGUUGCGAUCGGCGCACCCUCGGACGAACGCACGAGCUUCGGUCCUUUGAUCUCCGAGGGCCAGCGCGACAAGGUCCUUGGCUACAUCACCUCCGCGAAGGAGGAGGGUGCGCGCCUGGUUUCCGGCGGCCGCGCCUGGCCCCGCAGCAAGGGCUUCUACGUCGAGCCGACGAUCCUCGCCAACAGUGCGAACAAGGACCUGCGCGCGGCGAGGGAGGAGAUCUUCGGUCCAGUGGUCGUCGUCACCCCCUUCCGGGACGAGGAGCAUGCGCUCGAGCUCGCCAAUGACAGCCCUUACGGCCUGGCGGCGGCCGUGUUCACCAGUGACACGCGGCAGGCUAUCCGCGUCGCGCGCGGCCUCGAUGCCGGGUCCGUGUGGAUUAACCAGUAUGGCGCAGUGCAUAAUAAUGUGCCGUUUGGGGGGUUCAAGCAGAGUGGCAUUGGGCGCGAGCUCGGCACGUAUGGCCUCGAGGGCUAUCUGCAGGUUAAGGCUGUCCACCUCAACUUGGGGGUCGAGGCGUCUUGGCCGAUCUAG